AUGAACAGAAGCGACGUCAUUGAUACUAAUUCGUGGAUUAGAGUACGUUACGCUUUGAGUUGUUUCAAUGAAGAAGGCAUUUUCCAGAAUCUCAACAAGCUGUUUCUUAUUUCUUCCAGCACCAUACACUUCGAGUGUAAGAACUAUAAUGGCGAAUUGGGAACAGUACAGAUAUCAGAAAGCUCCUUACUGGGCCCGGCUUUCACUGUGGUAGCUUUCAGUACUGGUCCUGAACUUCCAGAUGCUUCUUCGAGGUGCAUCAAUCCAUUCAUUAACCGUUUUGGUAUCGUUUUGAGAAAACAUAACUCCGCCCCAGACGUUAGGGCAGAAGAAGAGAGGUCGACCUUGAGUGGUUUAAAGGCCUACGUCCAAAUCCCCAAAGUGUCUGCAAUGAGUCUACAGAGAGAAGAAAAAGAAUAA